AUGAAACCCGAUGACAGAGCACAAAACAUCAGCAAUUGCCAGUAUCGUUAUGAAGAAUAUAUAAAAAGUCUCAAGAUGGAUGGUUUUGAUGUGAUUGGUUAUGCAAGAAAAAUGAAAGACGUUUAUGUAUCACCAAGUAGUCGCUCUAAAAGCCUCAUUGCAGCAAGAGAUAUGGCAACGGACAAAGACUAUACGGACGUAAGGGGUUGCGUUGGAAACACACAAUCUUUGUUGAAGUACUUAUCGUCUACAACUAAAAAGGUUUGCUUUGUAAUUGUUUAUUACGCAGCUUUAUCAACUGAUCCAGAUGAUAUCUUACUUUUGCAAUUGGUAUCAUUUGACUGUCGUCCAAAACUUCCACAGCGGUCUAUCUAA